CAAAAACUCCGGUACCGAAAGGUUGUGUGAACGCGUAGCUCCCAACGAAGUGAAGUGAUUCAAACGCGGUAUCUCGGUUUCCAAAAACCACUUACAGUCCAGUAGUGUCUCCUGCUGCAAUUUCGGCCAAUUUGCAAAUCUGUGAUAAAACAAAACGAGAAACAAGAAGAGCAGAAAGAGAAAAGUAGGCAGCAAAAACAACGGAAAAAAGGAGAAAAUCCGAGAACCAGCAGCAUUAACAGAAAUAAGAGCCACAAGGAGAGAGAAAGAGAGAAGUACAAGGUGAACUUUCCAGUCUGCAGGCGGCUUCCAUCCAUGAACGAAGGCGCUCUUUUGAUGGUAUGAUUCUUCUUCUUGUGGCAUACAAAUGACGAAUUAUGAGAAUCUUAUAAAUUUGCCAUUAAAUUUUAAUGCAAAUAAUCAUCAUGCCAAUAGCAAUAACAGUGAGAACAAUGCCAAAAUUACAGUCGCUGGCGAGCAGCUUUUAAAUAAGAUGUCGCAGCGGGAUUUCUCCGAGAACGAACCGGAAUGCAAUCCGGAGCUGCCUGCCGCUAAUCGCGCCCUCUUCCUGGAGAAGGUUCGCCAAUCGAACGCCGCCUGCCAGAAUGGGGACUUUGCCACCGCGGUGCUGCUCUACACGGACGCCCUGCAGCUGGACCCGGGCAACCACAUCCUCUACAGCAAUCGCUCGGCGGCGCUGCUCAAGCAGGGACAAUUUGCGGCCGCCCUGCAGGAUGCCACGCAGGCGCGUGAGCUGUGCCCCCAGUGGCCGAAGGCGUACUUCCGACAGGGCGUGGCGCUGCAGUGCCUGGGCCGCUACGGCGAGGCUCUGGCAUCCUUUGCCUCGGGCCUGGCCCAGGAGCCAACGAACAAGCAGCUGAUGGGCGGCCUGGUGGAGGCUUCGCUGAAGAGUCCCCUGCGCACGGCCCUGGAUCCGACGCUGCAGCAACUGCGAACGAUGCAGCUGCAGGAGUCCCCGUUUGUGGUCAGCUCGGUGGUGGGGCAGGAGCUGCUGCAGGCGGCGCAGUACCAGGCGGCGGUCGCCGUGCUCGAGGCGGCUCUGCGCAUCGGCAGCUGUUCGCUGAAGCUGCGCGGAUCCGUGUUCAGCGCGCUCAGCUCCGCCCACUGGGCAUUGAAUCAGCUGGAUCAGGCCAUUGGCUACAUGCAGCAGGAUCUGGCGGUGGCCAAGUCCCUGGGCGACACGGCGGGCGAGUGUCGAGCGCAUGGCAAUCUCGGCUCGGCCUACUUCAGCCAGGGAGCCUACAAGGAGGCGUUGACGGCGCAUCGCUACCAGCUGGUGCUCGCCAUGAAGUGCAAGGACACGCAGGCGGCCGCCUCGGCGCUCACAUCGCUGGGCCACGUGUACACGGCCAGCGGGGACUUCCCCAAUGCCCUGGCCUCCCACAAGCAGUGCGUGCAGCUGUUCAAGCAGCUCGGCGAUCGUCUCCAGGAGGCCCGGGAGAUCGGCAACGUGGGCGCCGUCUAUCUGGCGCUCAGCGAGUGCGAGGCGGCGCUCGACUGUCACACGCAGCACCUGCGGCUGGCCCGCAAGCUGCACGACCAGGUGGAGGAGGCGCGCGCCUACUCGAAUCUCGGCUCUGCGCACCAUCAGCGGCGGCAGUUCACGCAGGCAGCCGCCUGCCACGAGCAGGUGCUGCGGAUUGCCCAGUCGCUGGGCGAUCGUUCCAUGGAGGCGGCCGCCUAUGCGGGCUUGGGGCAUGCCGCGCGCUGUGCCGGCGAUGCCAACGCCUCGAAGCGCUGGCACGAGCGGCAGCUGGCCAUGGCCCUGGCCGCCAGGGACAAGCUGGGCGAGGGCCGAGCCUGCUCGAAUCUGGGCAUUGUCUAUCAGCUGCUGGGCUCCCACGAUGCGGCGCUGAAGCUGCACCAGGCGCACCUCGGCAUCGCCCGCUCGCUGGGCGAUCGCACGGGCAUGGGCCGAGCGUACGGCAACAUGGCGCGCAUGGCCCACAUGGCAGGGUCCUACGAGGCGGCCGUGAAGUACCACAAACAGGAGCUGGCCAUCAAUCAGGCGGUGCACGAUCGCAGCGCUGAGGCGGCGACGCAUGGGAAUCUGGCUGUGGCCUACCAGGCUCUGGGCGCCCAUGAUGCGGCGCUCACCCACUACCGGGCGCACCUGUCCACCGCGAGAUCCCUGAAGGACACGGCUGGGGAGGCGUGUGCGCUGCUGAAUCUCGGCAACUGCCUCAGCGGGCGGCAGGAGUACGAGGAGGCGGUGCCCCACUACGAGAGCUAUCUGAUGCUCGCCCAGGAGCUGGGCGAUGUGGCGGCCGAGGGCAAGGCCUGCCAUCUGCUGGGCUACGCGCACUUCUCGCUGGGCAACUAUCGCGCGGCGGUGCGCUACUACGAUCAGGAUCUGGCACUCGCCAAGGACGCGCAGCAUCGCCCGAACAUGGGCAGAGCGUACUGCAAUCUGGGACUGGCUCACCUCGCACUGGGACACACUGCCGCCGCGCUGGAGUGCCAGCAACUGUUUCUGGCCGUGGCGCAUGCCACCAACCAGCUGCCGGCCAAGUUUCGGGCUCUGGGCAACAUCGGGGACAUUCUCAUCCGCACGGGGUCCCACGAGGAGGCCAUCAAGCUGUACCAGCGGCAACUGGCGCUGGCUCGUGCCGCGGGGGAUCGUUCCAUGGAGGCGGCUGCCUGCGGUGCACUCGGACUGGCGCAUCGCCUGAUGCGUCGCUGGGACAAGGCGCUCGGACAUCACACGCAGGAGCUGACACUGCGCCAGGAGUUGUGCGACCUGGCGGGCGAGUGUCGCGCCCAUGGGCACCUGGGGGCCGUGCACAUGGCCCUCUGCAGCUGGACAAAUGCCGUCAAGUGCUACCAGGAGCAGCUGGAGCGUGCGCAGGAGCAGCGGGAUGCGGCGGUGGAGGCGCAGGCGCACGGCAAUCUCGGCAUUGCGCGCCUCAACAUGGCCCACUAUGAGGCGGCCAUUGGGUGCCUGGAGGCGCAAUUGGGCACCCUGGAGCGUGUCUCCCUGCCAUCCACGCAGUCGGAUCGGGCGCGUGCUCUGGGCCACCUCGGGGACUGCUAUGCGGCGCUCGGGGACUACGAGGAGGCGCUCAAGUGCCAUGAGCGACAGCUGCAGCUGGCGCUGGGACUGGCCAGCCAUCGGGAUCAGGAGCGUGCCUACCGGGGGCUGGGACAGGCCCGUCGCUCCCUGGGACAGCUGCCUGCGGCCUUGGUGUGCCUGGAGAAGCGCCUGGUGGUGGCCCACGAGCUGCACAGUGCGGAGAUCAAGGCGCUGGCCUACGGCGAUCUGGGGCAUGUCCAUGCCGCUCUUGGGAACCACUCGCAAGCCCUGAACUGCCUCGAACAUCAGCGGGAACUGGCGCAGGGGCUGCAGGAUCGCGCCCUCGAAUCGGAUGCCAUGUGCGCCCUCGGCCAGGUGCAGCAGCGAAUGGGUCAGCACACGGAGGCGCUGGAGCUGCAUCGACAGGAUCUGCAGAUAUGCACGGAGCUGGCGGCGCCCUCGCUCCAGGCGCGCGCACUCGGCAAUCUGGGGGCCGUGCACGAGUCACUCGGCCAGCAGGCGGAGGCCUUGAAGUGCUACGAUCGGCAGCUGGAGCUCAGCGCGGAUCGUCUGGGCAAGGCCACAGCCUGCCUGGCACUGGGACGCGUUCACCAUCAGCUGGAGCAGCACACACAGGCUGUGGAUUACCUGCGGCAGGGCUUGACGAGCGCCCAAUCCAUUGGCAAGUCAGAGGAGGAGGCCAAGAUAAGACAUCAAUUGGGUCUUGCACUUCGCUCCUCUGGCGAUGCCGAAGGCGCCCGCUUGCAACUGGAGACUGCCGCCCAGCUGCUGGAGGCUGUGCGCCACGAGCAACGCAGUCCGGAGACGCGUCUGUCCCUCUACGAUCUGCAGACGAGUUGCUACCAUUUGCUGCAGCAGCUGCUGGUCGCGCUACAGCGCAACGAGGAGGCGCUGGUGGCCGCUGAGCGGUGCAAGGCACGCGGCGGCGCCGAUGCCGUGGGCAGUGAGUCGAACAAGACGCCGCUGGCGGACAGUGAGGCCAUCCAGGAGACGGUGAAUCGCGGACGCAUGCCCGUGCUGUACUACAGUCUGGCCGGGGAGCAGCUGUUUGCGUGGCUGCUGCACCCACAGACGGGCAUUGUGCGCUUCCACUCCGCCCGCAUCGAUGCACAGACGCUGCAGCUGCCGCUGUCGCUCAGCGAGGAGGAGGAGGAGGAGCUGGAACUGGAGGACGAAGAGGAGUGCCGAGAGCAGCCGCAGGGCGAUGGUCUGCUCGAGCGUUACGUGAACAUGGUGCGGGAUAAUCUCGGCGUCAAUUCGCAGAGUCUGCUGCACGAGGGCGACGGCAGUGGCUGGCGGGCGAGCACAGAGCAGCUGCUGGAGGAUCUGCCCGGAGCAGGCGCUGGCGGAGGCGGCUUCCUGCGCAUGGUCAGCCGCAAUCAGUUGCUCAACUCUUCCAACUAUUCCCUCAGCUCGCUGUUCUCGCUGGGCUCCGUGGGCGGCUCGGUGGCCAGCCUGCAGGGCUCCACGCGCUCCGUGGGCAGCCGCAGCUCGCGUCGUGCGCCGCCUGUGCCCGCCUGGCGGGGACCCUCCUGCCUGCACACGCUCUACAACCUCCUGCUGGCACCCUUCGACGAUCUCCUGCCCUCGGCCAACCUGUCGCGUCAGGGCAGGCGUGAGCUAAUCCUCGUGCUGGACAGCUCGCUGUACCUGGUGCCCUUUGCCAUCCUGCGGGCUGCUGGCGAGGAUGGGGAAUACCUGUCGGAGCGCUGUGCCAUACUCACGGCUCCCUCGCUGCAGGCGCUGCGCAGUCGUCCCAAGGUGCGACGGGACCGCGCUCGUCCGCCCAAGGCUCUGGUCGUGGGCGGUCCACGUGUGCCCGGCAGUCUGGCCGAACGCUGGGGCUGGGCAGGCGCCGAGUCGCCGGCGGCACUGCAAGAGGCCGCCAUGGUGGCGGACAUGCUGCAGGCCACCGCUCUGGCUGGCUCCAAUGCCACCAAGGAGUCCGUUCUGGCGGAGCUGCCCUCCGCCGAGUGCAUCCACUUUGCAGCGAAUCUCAGCUGGCAGCUGGGCGCCGUGGUGCUCAGUCCCGGCGAUGUGGUGACCUCGGAGCAGCAGCAGCAGAAGGAGCCGCACGAGCCACAGCUCUCGGACUUCACCUUGGCCGCCGGGGAACUGCGACAGCUGCGCCUCAGCGCACGUUUGGUGGUGCUCAGCUCUUAUCACUCCGUGGAGCCCAUCACGGGCGCUGGCGUGGCCAAUCUAGCUGGCGGCUGGCUGUUGGCAGGAGCGGGCGCCGUACUCAUAUCGCUGUGGCCCGUGCCGGAAACGGCUGCUAAGAUUUUGUUGCGUGCCUUCUACUCCGCGUUGUUGCAGGGUGCACGAGCGGCGCGCGCUUUGGCUGAAGCUAUGCAGACUGUGCAGCACACAAAACACUUUGCACAUCCGGCCAACUGGGCGGGCUUCCUGCUCGUCGGCAGCAAUGUGCGACUGUCCAACAAAGUGGCACUGGGCCACGCCCUGUGCGAACUUCUACGCACUCCCGAGCGCUGUCGCGACGCCCUGCGCGUGUGCCUGCAUCUGGUGGAGAAGAGUUUGCAGCGCAUUCAUCGCGGACAGAAGAACGCCAUGUACACGACGCAGCAGAGUAUUGAGAACAAGGCGGGCCCCGUGGCCGGCUGGAAGGAUCUGCUGAUGGCUGUUGGAUUUCGCUUCGAGCCAGCCGCCAAUGGCAUACCCUCGAGCGUGUUCUUCCCGCAAGCAGAUCCCGAGGAGCGUCUCUCCCAGUGUUCGGCCAGUCUGCAGGCAUUGCUGGCGCUAACCCCGGCCACGCUCCAAGCGCUGGCCAAGCUGGUGCACGUGAACAGUGCGGAGCAUGCGGAUGACAUCAUUGCCGUCAUUCGGAAUAUUCUGGCCCAGUUUCCGGCUGCUUCUGUGGCCACAACUGUGGGCAAGCAGGAGCAGGAGCCCGCCUGCUGCAUUGAGAUGCCGCUGAGUGUGCGCCUGUGGCGCGUGGCAGGCUGCCACGAGCUGCUCGCCUCCGUGGGCUUCGAUCUGACCGAGGUGGGUGCGGAUCAGGUGAUUCUUCGCACGGGCAAGCAGGCCAAUCGGCGGCACUGCCAGUUUGUGCUUCAGGCGCUGCUGGCGUUGUUUGACACUCGCGAGGCACCCAAAACCCUGGGCAUGGACAUGGAUUCAGCCCAAAGCAGCAGCUGCGAGUCGCUGGCCGAGACCGAAAUGGAUGCCAUCGGCACACCCGUGCAGCCCACAGCCAGCAGCACGCCCUCGGUGAGCGCGGGCAAGGCGCCGCUGCCAUUGCAUCCGCGCAGCGCCUUCAUCUCGUAUGUGCGGCGACGCGGCGAGCCCGAUGGCGGACGCACAGAGGUCACAGUGGGCGCAGGAGGAGCAGCAGCAGGUGGCUUGGAUUCCAGCCUGGCCAACACCACCGACAGCGAGCAUUCGUUGUCCGAUGGCUAUGCCACACAACCGGGCCUGGGGCUGGCCAAUCCGCGCCUCGGCUAUGCCAGCAUGCGUGCCCCCGUCAGGGUCUCCCGGCCUGGUGGUGGCGGAGAGAGCGAUGCUGCCUUUACCCCGAGUCCACCGGUGACAGAUCCCAGUUUGACGCUGGCUCUGGCACACCAGACACGCAUUCGGAGUCUCUACUCGCAGCCCACAACUGCAGCGGCGACGGCGGCUCCAGCAGCAGUUGGCAGCGUCAACAGCAGACGGCCGGAUAGCUCCAGCUCGGCCAGCAGCACCACAGAUUGGGAGGGUUCCGGACACGCGACAGUGCUGCGACGCGGUGGCGGUGUGGCAAUGCCACAGCAGCAGCCACCUUUGCCCCCGCCACGGCCGCCAGCCUAUCACAACUUGGGCGUGGGCCUGGGGGGACGCAGCAAGCCCAAAAUCAAGCUGGGCAGUGCCCAGAGCUCACUGGCGGCGCGUGUCAACAAGGAGCAUGCCCUGUUCAUGGAUCGGCUGAGUGUGCGAACGGAGCUGAGUGCGCCGGCGGGCAACGGCAUGACAGCGGCAGCGGGAACUGCGGCCAGUCGGAAACCCCUGGCACUGCCCGAGGAGGAGGAGGUCUCCAGUGUGGUGUUCAAUCCGGCGAGUCUUUACUUCUCCCAAACGGACACCGAACUGCUGCUGAGCGAACCCAAGCCGGAGGAGAGUGCCACGGUGGCCAAGACCAGCUCCAAGUGCCUGCAGGAGAGCAUGAUGCGGCACAUGAACCGCGAGCUAACGCCCAGCAUCUCGGAGCUGUAUCAUGAGCGCAAUCUGGGCCUGGGACUGGCACCGCCGCUCUCCAAGCUGCUGCUCAGCCCCAACUAUGAGGAGCAGGAGAGCAACGGCAUGGGCGAGGGCUGUCCGCAGUCCUCUGCCGGCCUGAAGACACUCGUGGAGGCGGUCAACGAGCUGGAGCUGAGUGGCAGCUCUUCGGGCGCCACCAUGCCCACUGUGGUGGGUGGCGGUGGUGGCAACGAGGUGGAGGGCACAUCCAAUGCCAUCACAGCCGUGGACCGUGCCACUUGUCCCAUUUGCGGUGAGCAUGCGGAUGUCAUUUGUCGCUGCAAGGCUGCCACCAUACAGAAGAAGAGCAGCCUCAAGCCUUGGCUGAGCAAUGUCCCGGCCAGCAGCAUGGUCCAGGCCAGCGAGCUAACCACAGCGGACAUUCUGGAGCGACGCCUCGAAAUUCACACGAGCAACGCGGGUGCACCCUUUGCCGCAGAGCUGUGUCGUCGCGACGAGGGUGACGGCCGCUCCGUGGCGGACUCCCAGUGCAGCAGCAACUACAAGCGAGUGCUGGCCAGCGCCUCGAGCGGUGCCAUGGGUCUGGUGGACAUCAGCAAUGGCAUUUCAGCGGAACCACAAAGCGCACCCUCGGCGGCCACCUGCUCCGCUGCGCGACUCGUCUAGAGCAGCCAGACUUUAUUUAUUAUUAUUUACGGAAUGCAUUUUAUGGAUAUAUAUUUUGUCUCUAUAACCAAGCCACUGAUUAAAACGUACUCAAUUACUUAAACAAUUGUGAAUUAAGGUCAUCCAUAGGCUAAGCAACUGUAUAGCAACUAGCAUUAAGACAUUUAGCACAAAUAUAAA